AUGAAUUGUGACUGGACUACUCUUCCUGAUAUAAUAUGGUAUUCAAUUUGUGAAUAUUUACCAAAUAUAACUGAUAUUAUUCAUUUAUCAAAUGUAAAUCAUAAUUUAUAUAAUAUUAUUGAAGAGAAUUCUUUUUGGAGACAUUUAAUUCGAUUACGUUAUGGUUCAAUAUUAUUGAAACGUUACUGUGAUGAAAUAUUUUCAAAUAAAAAUCAUUGUGAUUAUUUAUGCUCAUCAAGCGAACAUUUCAUUGAAUUUGAAAAGCAAUAUUUACAAUUACCAUCAGCAAUAUUACGUAAUGGAUGGAAUCUUAUCGUAACUGGUGCACAAAAUGGCAAUAUGAAAGGUUUUGCAGCUGCUAAACGAUCGAAAUUUUAUUUACCAAAAUAUUCUUCACAAUUAAAAAUGGCAAUAGAUGAAAAUAUAUUUCGAGAUUUAAUUUAUCAUCAAAAUCAAACUGUUUUAUCUAAACUUAUUUAUUAUUAUCUAUCGAAAAGAAUACGUUUAUCAUUUGCGUAUGAAACAUAUAUUUGUUUUGAUAUAACAAGAAUAAAUGAAUUAUGUCGUCCAAAGAUAAUUAAUGAUAUUACAAGUGAUUUUGGUUCAAUAGCUAUAUUUGAUUCCAGAUGGUUAGCAGCUGUACGCGGAGAAUUUCAAUCAAUUAUACCCGGUCGAUAUGCGAUUAUUUGUCGAAUGAAAUUAAAUUUAUUGCGUUGUGAACAACCAAGUGUUGAAGAUCAAUUUACUGGUGAAUUUACAUGUAUACCUGAUUAUGGUAUAAUGAGUUCAUUAGAAUGGGAUCAAGAAUGGUUUGAUUUACGUUAUGUUAUGAAUAAUACUAAUAUUAAUGAAACUAAUCAAGAUAAUUGUCAAUGGUUUGAAGAACAAAUGGGAAUUAUAACUAUUUAUGAAUUAUCAACAGUUUAUUUUGGUUUAAGAAUAUGGCAAAUACCAUAUAGAAAAUAUAAAAUUAUGUGUGAUUAUAUUGAAUUAAAGAUAAUUGAAUAA